UCUGUCUCACACACACAAACACAGAGAGAGAGAGAGAAAGAGAGAGAGCGAGAAAGAUGUCAUGUGCAGUCCUGUACCCAGUGUAAAGCUGGAGGUAUCAGAGUUCGCUCACCCUUUCCCUCAUCAUUUUCGCUUUCUUUCCGGAGUGAGUCCAGACCUGCGCAACUGUAAUUAUCUGUAUUCUCUGACCGGGAGAGGAUGGUGUCCUCGCUCCAGGCGAUGUGGAUGUUCAAGGAUGGGGUGAUUCUGUUCUGCACACCGUUCCUCCUCCUCCCACUACCUCUGCUGAUCGGAACCACGGAGGCAGGCUGUGCCUAUGUGAUAGCCCUGAUGGCAGUGUACUGGUGUACUGAGGUACUGCCGCUGGCUGUGACUGCUCUCCUGCCCGCUGUCCUCUUCCCUUUGUUUGGCAUCAUGGAGUCCAAGCAGGUACGCUUCCCUCACACACGCACAAACACACAUGCUCACACUCAAAGACAAUCUCUCACGUGUGUGUAUCAGGUGUGUAUGCAGUACCUGAAGGACACCAACAUGCUGUUUGUUGGCGGGCUAAUGAUGGCUGUUGCCGUGGAGAAGUGGAAUCUUCACAAGCGCAUCGCCCUCAGAGUUCUACUCGUUGUGGGGAUGCGGCCUGCCCUUCUGAUGCUAGGGUUCAUGGGUGUGACAGCCUUCCUGUCUAUGUGGAUCAGUAACACAGCCACCACAGCUAUGAUGGUCCCCAUUGUCCAGGCCGUCCUGGAGCAGCUCAACGGCCCACGAAAGGGGGAGAACCCCCUGCCCACCCCUCAGAGCCAGGAGAAUGGUACGACUCCUGAGGAAAAUCUGGAGAACAGUUCGACCCCACAGGACACACUUAUGAUCCAGGACAAUCGCAUCCCACUGGAGAAACUAGCCUCAGAAGAUAAACUGGACUCCCCAGACAAACCAGUUCCUCAGGACAACUCUCUGACUGAUGGGAAGCCAGUGAUGGUGUCCAUGGUCUUGAAGGAAGGGACUGAAGCAGAGGAGCAGGUUGGGGAGGAAGAGGAGGAGAAGGAGAGGAUGAAGAUGUGUAAAGGCCUGACGUUGUGUGUGUGUUACGCUGCCAGCAUCGGCGGCACUGCCACUCUAACUGGCACCGGACCCAACCUUGUCCUCACAGGGCAGAUGAGCCAACUCUUCCCUCAGAACGGUGACGUCAUUAACUUUGCCUCAUGGUUCGCCUUUGCCUUCCCCACCAUGCUGCUGAUGCUGACGCUGGCCUGGCUCUGGCUCCAGCUCGUCUUCAUCGGCUUCAAUCUGAAGCGUACAUGGGGCUGUGGUGCUGUGCAGUCAGAGAAGGAGCUUGCGGCAUAUGAUUUGAUAAGUGAGGAGCAUCGUCGUCUGGGGCCCAUGUCUUAUGGAGAGCUGAGUGUCCUGGGGCUCUUCAUCCUGCUGGUGGUGCUUUGGUUCACACGAAGCCCAGGCUUCAUCGAUGGAUGGGCAACCCACGUCUUCAAUGCCAAAGCACCGUUUGUAACUGAUGCCACAGUGGCGGUGUUUGUUGCCAUGCUGCUGUUCGUCUUGCCCUCUGAGCCCCCCCGCUACCUCUGCUUCUGGAGAACACAGAGAUUUGACACAGAGCCCCAGCCCACCCGUGGCCCCGCCCCUGCCCUGCUGACCUGGCAGGUGACCCAGAGGAAGAUGCCCUGGAGCAUUGUACUGUUGCUAGGAGGAGGCUUCGCACUGGCUAAGGGCAGCGAGGUGUCUGGUCUGUCGCGGUGGCUGGGUGAUCAGAUGAUGCCUCUCUGCUCCGUCCCUCCCUGGGCCAUCGCUGUCAUCCUCUGUCUCCUCAUUGCCACCUUCACUGAGUGUGCCAGCAACGUGGCUACCGCUACACUCUUCCUGCCCAUCCUCGCCUCCAUGUCCCAGUCCAUAGGGUUGAACCCGCUGUAUGUGAUGGUACCCUGCACUCUUAGUGCAUCCUUUGCCUUCAUGCUGCCUGUGGCCACGCCUCCUAAUGCCAUCGUGUUCUCUUAUGGAUACCUGAAGGUGUCAGACAUGGCUAAAAUGGGUAUAGUGAUGAACAUCAUUGGGAUCCUGUGCAUCACUCUGGCCAUUAACAGCUGGGGUAGAGCUAUGUUCAACCUGGACACCUUCCCCUCCUGGGCCAACACCACCGCGAACAUCACUACAGGAGGAGGAGGGGGGAAAUGACCCCAAAUAUACCACCAUACGCCCCUGUACUGCCAUUUCACUGCUACCGAUGCCAAAAGGGGAUGAGGAAGGGGGAGUAUUACCAAGAGACCACAGAAAUUUCUCCAACAACACUACUAGCCUCGCUGGGGCAACAGAAGGCUGGCCAUGAGAGCACUGUUAUGGUCUGGUGAACACAUGCGCGCGCACACACACACUGGGAUAGUUUCCAGCUGUGCCAUCACCGUACCGGUUUAUUAUCAGUGUAUUUUCUACUGUUCGGGACUUAUUCUUAUAUUAUAUUGUUAUGACACUAGAGAGCCUUAGGGAACAGGGAUGAUAAAUAACUUGCAAAGCCAAGACAUGCUGUAAUACUGUAACUUAUAUUGUUAUUACUGACAAUAUUGUUAUAUCAAUUUAUAUUCUAUAAUUGUAUUAUAUUACAGGGAUCAUCAACAUGGAGACUACAAAUUGACUGCCCAAACAAAUAUAAUAUUUGAAUAAAACAUAAUCAUUGCAAACCUUGCUUACAUUUGUAUACGAUCACACAUAUCGCUCUAUUAUCCGUGGGAAUAAUUUGGAACAGAUUUUCCUAAUUAAAAUCUCUUGGAGCUGAUUUUCUGGCAUUUUCAGUCUUUUAUGUCCAACAAUCAAAAAAAGAGAAUAAUAAGUUUUGCACAGAACUUGGAGGCCAAAUAAAAUAAUCUGCGGGCUGCCAGUUGGGGAACUCUGUUAGAUUACAUCAAUUAGGAUAAAUUAUUUUCAGUAAGUGUAAUUAAUUAGAUAUUUUGUAUAGUUAUCAAUGUAAAUGAUUGACUUUUGUAAGAGUUUAGAGUUGUUUUUUCCAUUCCAAUAACAACCUAUUAUGGUUUUGUAUAUUGUACUGUAUUUGUUUAGUUUUUUUGCUGAAUAAAGUCUGUACUUUUGA